AUGCCGAGCAGUGACAGAGGCAAGGCGUCUGCACAAGAUGCCGGCCUUUUCGACGCCUUCCAGCGCUUCUCGAGAAAGACGCACGCUGCCGACUACCUUGGUCUUGCCGUCCUGGUCGCUGGAUAUGUGCUGCUGAAGCUGUUCGGCGAGCCAUUCCAUUCACAAUUUCGCCUGGACGAUCCCAGGAUACAGCACCCGCACGCAGAGGUAGAGCGAGUUGGCGUUGUAUGGCUCUUCACCUACGCCGGCGCAAUACCUCUUGCUGCAUUGGCGGCCUGGGCCGUACUUUUACGCCCUGACGCGAAUAAAGUGCACAUCACUAUGCUAGGGCUUGUCAUUGCUAUCCUCACCACCACCUUUCUGACCGACCUUUUCAAAGACGCCAUUGGACGACCGCGACCCGACCUCGUUGCGCGAUGCAAGCCAGGAGCCGACACUCCAAGAAAUGAGAUGGUGACGGUGGAUGUAUGUACAGAGACAAACCAUCACCUGCUACACGAUGGCUGGCGGAGCUAUCCCAGUGGACACAGCAGCUUCAGCUUCGCAGGUCUAGGCUGGCUUGCUCUCGUGCUCGCUAGUCAGACGCAUGUCUUGCGACCCCGAGCCAACCUCGCCACUGUACUGGUGUGCCUGGCGCCUCUGGUAGGAGCUGCGAUGAUUGCCAUAUCACGAUUGGAGGACUACAGACAUGACGUGUUUGACGUCGUGAGCGGGUCAGUGUUGGGUAUGGUCGUUGCCUAUCUCAACUGGAGAAGAUACUACCCAAGCUUGCUUGACAGGCAAUGCCACGAGCCGUACGUACCACUCACCGUUGCUAACGGCACGUCCAGUCCGAACAGCGGGUUCCAGCGAGUUCGAGACGAAGAAGAAAGCUACGGUCAUGACCGGCAAAUGGCUGAGGACGAACGAGAUUAUUGA